AUGUUCUGGACUCUUGCGAAGGGCGAUGUUGGCCGCCAGUACACGGAACUGGCAAAGUUCCCUGAGGAAGUUGCCAACUUUGUGAUUCAGUAUUCUUGA